GACACCAAAUACUCCAAGUCCAAAGCGUUCAACAGAUGGAAGUUUUAAACCUGAAAAACCAACCCCAUUAACCCACAAAGUGAAACCCACUUUUCACUACAUAAACCUCUCUCAGCCCUGUCAUUGAUGAUUAUUUCCUAAAGCUUUUCAUUGGCUUAACCCUGUAACCUCUUAUUCCCAUCCUCAGAAUCAAUCUCUACUUUUCCUUUCAUUCACUAAGAUUGCCUUUUAAAUCUUUCUUCUUUGUUGAACUGUAGAAGAAACCCUAGAAGAAGAAGAAGAAGGAUAUGGGGAGAGGGAAGAUUGUGAUUCGAAGGAUCGAUAAUUCAACGAGCAGGCAAGUAACCUUUUCAAAGAGAAGGAAGGGUUUACUUAAGAAGGCCAAAGAGCUUUCCAUACUGUGUGAUGCAGAAGUUGGCCUUGUCAUCUUCUCCAGCACCGGAAAGCUCUAUGAAUUUGCUAGCACCAGCAUGAAAUCAGUUAUUGAAAGAUUCAACGGCUUGAAAGAGGAACACCAACAGUUGUUGAAUCCGUCGUCAGAAGUGAAGUUCUGGCAAAGAGAGGCUGCAAUCUUGAGACAACAAGUGCAGAAUUUGCAAGAAAACCAUCGGCAACUCAUGGGUGAACAGCUUUACGGUUUGAGAGUUGAAGAGCUGCAGAAUCUGGAGAACCAGCUGGAGAUGAGUUUGAAGGGUGUUCGCAUGAAAAAGGAACGUAUCUUAAGUGAUGAAAUACAAGAACUAAGUCGAAGGGGGAACCUCAUUCAUCAGGAGAAUGUGGAACUCUUCAAAAAGGUAAAUCUUAUUCGCAAAGAAAACACGGAACUAUACAAGAAGGUUUAUGAAAAUGGAAAUGGCCUGAAUUCAUAUGGUUUUGGAUGCGGAGAGGGUUCAAAUGUCCCGGUUCAUCUUCAACUAAGUCCACCCGAAAGAGACAAUGAUUAAAGAGUAGUUCAUCUU